AUGUACUUUGGUGAUAUUUACUCUGUGGUAGUUACAGAUUUGGAUAUUAUUAAACAAAUGUGGAUAACUGAUUUUUUUAAAUUUUCAUCAAGACCUAAACUAAAAAGCUAUAAAUUAUUCUCAAAUAACUUUCAAAAUAUGGGUUUAUCAGAUUUUGAAAUAUGGUCUAAAGUUCAUUUAAUUGUUAUUUCAUCAUUAACCAAAACAAAAAUUAUUUCAAAGUCCUCAAAAACUAUAGAUGAACAAACUAAAUCAUUUAUGGGAAAAUAUUAA